GGGGGCGGGACAGACACGUCAUCUUAAACGACCUGACGCGCCGGGCGGCCACAUCGCGCUUCGUGGCUGAAGUACAGUCAGUGUCGCUUAGCGGACGCUGUCAGGUCUGUCUGCACUCCCACUCCUGAAGGACCCACACAAUGCUUUCUAAACUAGCAAGUCUGCAGACCAUUGCUGCUCUGCGCCGAGGAGUCCACACCUCAGUCGCCUCUGCCACGUCUGUUGCCACGAAGAAGACAGAGCAAGGCCCACCAUCUUCUGAGUACAUUUUUGAACGGGAAUCUAAAUAUGGUGCACACAAUUACCAUCCUUUGCCUGUAGCCCUGGAGAGAGGAAAAGGCAUUUAUAUGUGGGAUGUGGAAGGCAGGCAGUACUUCGAUUUCCUGAGUGCUUAUGGUGCUGUCAGCCAAGGACACUGCCACCCAAAGAUCAUAGAUGCCAUGAAGAGUCAGGUGGACAAGCUGACGUUAACAUCUCGGGCUUUCUAUAACAAUGUCCUUGGUGAAUACGAGGAGUACAUCACCAAGCUUUUCAACUACAACAAAGUUCUCCCUAUGAAUACAGGAGUGGAGGCUGGAGAGACUGCAUGUAAGCUCGCUCGUCGUUGGGGCUACACCGUGAAAGGCAUCCAGAAAUACAAAGCAAAGAUUGUUUUUGCUGAUGGAAACUUUUGGGGUCGAACGCUAUCUGCAAUCUCCAGUUCCACAGAUCCGACCAGUUAUGAUGGCUUUGGACCCUUCAUGCCAGGCUUUGAGACCAUCCCAUAUAACGAUCUGCCUGCACUGGAGCGUGCUCUUCAGGAUCCAAAUGUUGCUGCCUUCAUGGUGGAGCCCAUCCAGGGUGAAGCAGGCGUUAUCGUUCCGGAUCCAGGAUACCUGACAGGAGUUCGGGAACUCUGCACCAGGCACCAGGUCCUGUUUAUUGCUGAUGAAAUACAGACAGGAUUGGCCAGAACUGGUAGAUGGCUAGCUGUGGAUCAUGAGAAUGUCAGACCUGACAUGGUUCUUCUUGGGAAGGCCCUUUCUGGCGGUUUAUACCCUGUGUCUGCAGUGCUGUGUGACGAUGAGAUAAUGUUGACCAUUAAACCAGGCGAGCAUGGCUCCACAUACGGCGGAAACCCACUAGGCUGCCGAAUUGCCAUUGCGGCUCUUGAGGUUUUAGAAGAGGAGAAUCUUGCUGAGAACGCAGACAAGAUGGGUGCUAUCCUGAGGAAGGAGCUCAUGAAGCUGCCCUCUGAUGUUGUGACUUCGGUGAGAGGGAAAGGGUUGCUAAAUGCCAUCGUCAUCAGAGAAACCAAAGACUGUGAUGCUUGGAAGGUGUGCCUGCGACUUCGAGAUAAUGGGCUUCUGGCCAAGCCAACCCAUGGUGAUAUCAUCAGGCUUGCCCCUCCACUUGUGAUCAAAGAGGAUGAGAUCCGGGAGUCCGUGGAGAUCAUCAACAAGACCAUCUUGUCCUUCUGAGAGUAGGAACUCCGGGGAGCCAUCUUCAGACAGGGCUCUUGCGAAAUUCUGCUUGCAAUGGCCAGAGCCUGUCUCCUAAAAGGCGUAUAUUUCAGUUGAUGCAUAGUAGAGAGACACCUAGGAACCUGCAGGUGGCUGCGUGACAGAAAAGUGAGAGCGAGAGGCGAGGCAUCUCUUUGUUGAGGUUUGACUGUGUGGGAACUUUCUAAGGAGAAACAGAUCCAUCUGCGCACAGCCUGCAGAUGGAGUCCUGCAGUCAUUUACGUGCGUUUUUGCAGUUUCCUUGCUGAUGUGAAUGUUUUGUAUUUAGAAGUUAUUUCUGAGCUACUACAGAAGAAACUAGCUUAACCUCGUGCAGUUAAAUCAUUAUAAUCAAUGAAUGUUAAGCUGAUUGAAGGUUAAGCAUAUGUAAAAUACUAGUUUAAAGUAAACUUUCCAUUGGCCAACACCAGAAUGUAUUAUAUAGAUUCUGAGAAUUCAUUACUAAAUUAUACUUUGCUUGAUUGCAAUUUGUAAAACAUUUAUUUUCAGUAUUUCUUUGAAUAAAGCUUAAUGUUUCUUUUUACGCCAACAGAGUAUUUUGUAUUUCCAUUUUGGUAAUAAUCAGUGUAUUAUUUCAUCCUGAUGACUGGCAUUUCAUUGCCUAUUGAGAUCACUGGGUGUGUUUCAGACCUUUUAUUCUAAAUAAAGCUAUGACCAGUUUCUAUCUGUACAA